AUGGCUUUAAACUAUACCCAGGAUCCUUACAUGAACCCGGAGGUCCCGUUCUCCGGGUCAAUCAUAGGGGGUCUCCAGGAUGGACUUCAGAUCAUCAUCAAUGGAACUGUUCUCAUCUCCAAUGAAACCAGGUUUUCUGUGAACUUUCAACCCAGUCCCAGUGAAAAUGACAUUGCCUUCCACUUCAACCCUCGGUUUGAAGAAGGCGGAUAUGUGGUCUGCAAUACGAGGCAGAAUAGAUCCUGGGGGCCGGAGGAGAGGAAGAUGCUCAUGCCUUUUCAGAAGGGGAUGCCCUUUCAGAUCUGCUUCCUGGUGCAAAGCGCCAAUUUCCAGGUGAUGGUGAACGGGAGCUAUUUUGUGCAGUACGCACACCGCAUGCCCUUCCACUGUGUGAACACCAUCUCCAUUGCUGGUGCUGUACAGCUUUCCUGCAUCAGGUUCCAGAACAGCCGUGUAAACCUCGUCCAGCCUGUCUUCUCCACACAUCAGUUCUCAAAGCCUGCUUGUUCCCCUAACAAGCCCAAGGGGCGCAGACCAAAACCUCCAGGUAUUUGGCCUGCUGACUUGAUACCUAUUAAUCCUGUAAUUCCACCUACUGUGUAUCCAAGCCCAGCCUAUUCUCUGCCUUACUUCACCAACAUCCCGGGUGGGCUGUUCCCAUCCAAGAGCAUCAUAGUGUCAGGCACUGUCCUGCCCAACGCCCAGAGGUUCCAUGUCAACCUGCGCUCUGGAAACAACAUCGCCUUCCAUCUGAACCCCCGCUUCAAUGAGAACACUGUGGUCCGCAACACCCAGAUCAACAACUCUUGGGGAUCUGAGGAACGCAGCCUGCCUGGGAAAAUGCCCUUCAUACGUGACCAGAGCUUCUUGCUGUGGAUCAUGUGUGAUGACCAGUGCUUCAAGGUGGCUGUGAAUGCGCAGCACCAGCUUGAGUACCGUCACCGCCUGAAGAACCUGUUGGCCAUCAACAGCCUAGAAGUGGCAGGAGACAUCAAGUUGACCCACGUGCAACCUAAUCCCUCACCCUGCACCAAUACUUCACCCCUCCGGAAGUCUACACAAGUGACAUUAUCUCCACCCAACAGAAAUAAACACGCUUGUUGUAGCCUAGAAUGA